AUAACCAUUGUUUCUUUAGCCUCGCUAUGUCGCUGAUGUGAAGGGCCAUCGCUCGAAACGUUGGCUAUUAAAUAGUUGUUUUCCUCCGCCGUUUUCUAACGCCACAUAGCAUUACGUACGAGCGUGUUGAGUUUUAUUGAUUAUUUUAGUUUUUUUGUUUAAAGUGUCGGCGAGUUGCGCCCCCGUUGACGCCUCAACCCACAAACAAUUCACCUCUAGCCCAUUUAACAACCCCCUCCCCUCCCCGGUCACCAGCAGUUAAAACAGUAACUUUACUCAAGGAGUAAUUACUCGUAAUUUAGCGUCUCACUAUGAGUAAAGAAAUCACACGCAUUCUAAUGUAAAAUUAAACUUUACUUUAUUGACGCCGUGACCGAACACCCGGGGCCUAGGCGCUCCCCCCCCCCCGCGCCGCAGGGGACAAUCCGCUAGGCAAGACCGUAGGCUUCGCUCGAGGGCCUACCGCGCUCUCCUCCUCCUCCGGGUUCAAUGGACACGGACGCGUGCGGCCGGGCGCCUCUGAGGGAGGGCAACGAAGCCUCCCUGCUACCGUGGGACCGCUUCGCAGCCUGGGCCAGGGCUAUUUGUGUGGUCACGUUCGACUUGGAGCUCGGCCAGGCGAUGGAGCUCACGUACCCGCCCCACAUUCAGCUGACCGACAAAGAGAAAACCAACAUUUGUUACUUAUCAUUUCCAGACUCUAAUUCAGGUUGCCACGGCGACACUCAGUUCUGCUUCCGAAUCCGGCAGAGCCCGAGCCGGAAGUCCCCCGCUACCGCCCGGGGCGGCUGGGUGGAUGGCGACGCGCCUGGCAUGCUGAGGAGGGACCCCACUCACUACUAUGGCUACGUGUACUUCAGGCAGGCCAAGGACAAGUCACUACGCAGAGGGUACUUCCAGAAGUCGCUGGUGCUGCUGAGCCCGCUGCCGUACGCAGGCUUGUUCGACGCGAUUCUCCGCACCAUCGCUCCGGGCUUCUUCGAGAAGGCGGAGCCCUUCCUGGAGGCCGUGUGCAACGACAUGGACCAGUGGCCUCUGCCGGUGGCCGGGCAGACGCUGAGCCUGCCCAUCAUGGGCACCGUCAUACAGGUUCGCAUCCCGUCGCGGCAAGACAAGCCCGGCGCGGCCUUCUUGCACGCCACUCAGGAGAACCUCUACGCCGUCUCCACGGUGUUGCCCAGCGUCCACCAGCCCGACCUCUACCGGAGUUUCCGCCCCGUGCUGCGGCACGUGCAGAUGCUGUGGGAACUCGUGCUGUUGGGGGAGCCUCUGGUCGUCAUGGCAACCUCUCCUGCCGACACCUCACAGGCAGUGCUCGCCCUCGUCAGCUGUAUCGCCCCGCUCACGUACCACAGCGACUUCCGUCCAUACUUCACCAUCCACGACAGCGAGUUCCAGGAAUACACGACUCGCACACAGGCUCCGCCCCCGGUGAUCCUGGGCGUGACGAACCCGUUCUUCGCCAAAACCCUGCAGCACUGGCCCCACAUCAUCCGCCUGGGCCACGUCAGCAGCAGCAGCGACGGCGACGUGGGGAAGUCGGUGAAGGUGAAGAAGCAGGUGAAGCUGAAAACGCUGGACAGUGAGCCAGGUGUGUACACGGCUUACAAACCCUUCCUCAGUCGGGACAAAGCUAUCCUCAGGGAGCUGGAGAAGGGAGAGCCCCAGACCCGGCCGCCCUCGGCUCAGAACUCGGUUUUGCGACGGCAACUGCUGGAACUCACACAGAGCUUCAUCAUCCCUCUGGAGCGGUACGUGGCGAGCUUGAUGCCCCUGCAGAAAAACAUCACCCCCUUCAAGAGCCCCCCUCCUCUGGGCCCAUUUCAGGCGGAGGACUUCAUCCGCACGCUGGAGAAGAAUGGCCCACAGCUCACGUCGCCCAUCAAGGGGGACUGGACGGGGUUCUAUCGACGGUUCGUGCGCUCCCCUAACUUUGCGGGCUGGCUGCGCGAGCGCCAAGGGGACAUGCGGCUCAAGCUGGAGGCCGUGCACAUGGACAUGAUGGCCAACGCGGACCUGAGUGGCUGGGUGCGAGGGCGCAGCGAGGUGGAGUCGGUUGACUGGGUGAUCAAGCUCCGUGAGAAAAUGGCACACGUGACCCAGGCACAGGUGAGCGUGGGAGCGCAGACGCUGGUGAAGCUGCGCGCGCACGUGGACGCCAUCAUCUCCUCGCUGCCGCCUGACCUGCAGGGCGUGCUGGGCAGCGGCGGCUAGGACGCGUGUCUCUACACGUCUCAUCUCAUCUUCCAUGUCCCCGUGUCUCUGUGCCGCCAUGUCUCCCUUCUACGUCUCUCAUGCUCGUGUCUACAUGUCCUCACGUCGUUGUUUCUCCUCGUGUCCUCCCUCAUCUCCUGCGCACCCACGCCUCCCAUGUCUCCCAUCAUCUCCGUGUCCCCAGGUCUGCCCAUACUUCCCCCACGUCUCCCCGCGUCUCCUGUCGUCUCCGCGUCUCCCUGUCCAGCAUCUUGCCUUGUCCAUUAGCCGGUGGUGUGAAUCGCUGUUUGCCCAUCGGGUUGAAACACGGAGCGGCGAUGCUGGCGGUGACGGCGCUGGGCUGAGCCGGGCCGGUCUCGGCUGCUCCUAGUGUUCUUAUAAUUAGUUGUGUACAUAUACAAAGAUAGCGGUCCCCCCUGUAACCUUAUCGGAUUGUUUGGGACGAGUGCUGUUAUUGAGCACCUAUAAAGCCCGGCACAGCACGUGAGAGGGUGGUCAGUUCCAUGCCCGGCCGUCUUGGUCUCCCUAGUGACAAUGUUUACAUAUCCCACCAGGCACUGUACUCAUAUGAGGCUGAGCCGACCUAGGGAAGGCCCAGGACCAGUUCAGAUAAUCGCCAAUGGGGUUGGCCGUGAGCGGGAAUUGUACCUGGCACGCCGGGUUAAAUUCACACGCACACACAAGUGUACAUAAUACACACAAACAAGGAGAAGUGCAUAUAGACAUGCACGUACACACACGCUGACUGAUGCCCACUUGCAGGCCGGUGCAGUGUACACGCACAGGGACAGCUGCCACUGGGAGGGGCGGGGGGGGGGUCCCGUAGGUGAGACUGCAGCAGGUCCAUUGUAAUGUUUGAGAUGGUAUGUGAUGAAAGGUGCUUUUAAGUUCCCGAGGGAUUUAAAGCACGUGCCCUGUACACCGCAUGUGCAGUAAUACCUCGGUUUACGCCGGGGGAUGCGUUCCUCAAAAGGUAAAUAUCGAAAUUGCGUCAAAGCAAUUUACAGAGUAGGUUGAAGCGAAGGCUGAGGGGCGACGAAUAUGAGAAAGGACGGACGAUGCUGUUAGCGACGUGUGGGUUGAAGUGACGCAAAUCGGCGAGCAGUGUUCACCAAAGUGACGACGUAAAUCGGGGUAUCACUGUACAUACACGCAGAGCCCUCCCAUGGGUCCACGGCGAAUUGGAGCGACGGCCCCGGACCCCGCGCUUUGGGGGGGCUCCCCGCGCUUCGACAUCAACGGUGUCGGAUGUAAUACUUCCGGUUUAGUUUGAAGGCGUCGAGAGAGCCCACAGUGGGAUUUGUCCCGGGUCUCGCAACCCCCUGUGGACAGCCUCUGCAUACACGGACACGUGCGCGCGAUUCCCACUCGCUGCGAUCGCACGGUCGCGAUCCCUUCGUCUGGUUAGCGUUGUAGCGGGACUCGUGGCCGAACCGAUGGGAUUUAAUCGAUGGAUUGGCGUCGUCGCUGCGGUGGUUUCGCAAGGCUCGUAACAUAAAAACUGAGAAACGGUGUUACGGGAAACAUUUCAUUCCGAAGCAAACUGCCGCCGGACAAUAACUGAAAUCGCUUUUUGGAUUCCCGCGCGGAGCGUGAAUGAGAUGAGAGUGAGUGAACAGGUUCAGUGAGCCCAUAGAAGUGAAAAUGCAUUCGUCGACAUGACAGCUCUUGUGUUGUUUUAAGGCCACAGAGAUGUUGACAAACGUGUUGCGGUUUUUGUUGUUGCUGUUCGUGUGCCACUGCCGGCUGAGCAGCGGAAACAGCAGCAGAUUGUUUAAAGUGUUGAAGAACAACCACAGGACGGAGCGAGGAUUGCAUUAAUUUUACGCGCGCAAAUAGAACCACGACGAAUCGCGUUGCAUAUGUAUCGUCAGCACAGAAAGUCCUCGUUUAACGUACUAGGUGCGUUCCUGGAAAAGUGCCGUGUUAAGCGAAAAAAAUUCCCCCGGACGUAAUGUUGAUGAUGAAUAUUUUGGCGACAUUACCGUGCUACGCGCAAUGAGAUGGCGGGACCAUUAACCAAGGGUAAGCCGCCACGUUACCCUAUCGUUCCGCGUUCUGUAUCAUACCGCUCGGCCGCGCAGCUCGAGAAAGUUAAUCGUCAGCCGCGUCAUGAACCGCGUUGUAUCGGUGCACGUUGCAGGAUAAGUGUUCCCUAAUGGAAGAACCGCGUUGUGGCAAACAUGCGUUAUCGUGUGACCACCGCGCGUUAAGCGAGGUAACUCGCCGUCCGUGUACUGUUGACGCCCAUUGUUACGAUGACUGGUGCUGCCUGUGUAAAGCCGAGUGAUUGUUGCCCUGUAAGUGGGGGGGGGUGGGGGGAGGGGCCUUUGCCCAACCGGGCCUCUUGUCGAACUGAAUAAAGACGGCCGCUCGCACGCACAGCUCCAGGCUGCUCCUCAGCCUGGCCCCGGGCUGGGUGUGUGGGACGGACUUUUUUAAAAGGCC